CGCCCUGCAUGUUGGGGCGUUAAAUGCCCCCCGUCCUGGUGGUGCAGCGCAGUCGCCGCCCGCCCCCCGCUUCGCCGACCAUGGGCGGCCGGAAAGUCUGUAUCGUGGGCUCCGGGAACUGGGGCUCAGCCAUCGCCAAGAUCGUGGGCAACAAUGCGGCCAAGCUGGAGCAGUUUGACACCACAGUGAACAUGUGGGUAUUUGAGGAGGAGGUGAGUGGGAAGAAGCUCACCGAAAUCAUCAACAUGCAACAUGAGAACGUCAAAUACCUGCCAGGGCACAAGCUGCCACCUAAUGUGGUGGCAGUGCCAGACCUGCUGAAGGCCUCAGCGGGGGCAGACAUCCUCAUCUUUGUGGUGCCCCACCAGUUCAUCGGCAAACUCUGUGAGCAGCUCAAAGACCAUGUGAAGAAGGAGACCAUCGGGGUAUCGCUCAUCAAGGGGGUGGAUGAGGGCCCAGAGGGGCUGAAGCUGAUCUCGCACGUUAUCCAUGAAUGGCUGGGCAUCGAGAUGAGUGUCCUGAUGGGGGCCAACAUUGCCAACGAAGUGGCAGAGGAGAAGUUCUGCGAAACGACCAUUGGCUGCAAGAACCUGGAGCAUGGGCAAAUCCUGAAGGAGCUGAUGCAGACGUGCAACUUCCGGAUCACCGUGGUACCGGAGGCUGACACCGUGGAGAUCUGCGGGGCCCUCAAGAACGUCGUAGCUGUAGGGGCUGGUUUCUGUGAUGGCCUGAACUUUGGGGACAACACCAAGGCUGCUGUGAUUCGCCUCGGGCUGAUGGAGAUGAUCACCUUUGCCAAGCUCUUCUGCAAAGGCCCUGUCACCUCGGCCACCUUCCUGGAGAGCUGUGGGAUCGCCGACCUUAUCACCACCUGCUAUGGUGGCAGGAACCGCAGGGUGGCCGAGGCCUUUGCCAGGACCGGGAAGUCCAUUGAGCAGUUGGAGAAGGAGAUGCUGAAUGGUCAGAAGCUGCAGGGUCCCCAGACGGCCGCCGAGCUGAACCACAUCCUCAAACAGAAGAACCUGGUGGAGAAGUUCCCCCUCUUCACUGCUGUGUAUCAGAUCUGCUACGAGGACAAACCUGUCGCUGAAUUCAUCAAGUGCCUCCAGAACCAUCCUGCCCACAUGUAACUGGGCCCCAUCCGCUGAGAUGAGGAGAGAGCCACUGGUGCAGCAUGAGCCUUCACGUACAGAGACACUGGAUCCUCCAUGGGCCAUAGCAGACCAUGGGUAAGGGAGGUCCCUUCCAUGGCCCUGGGGCUGGCUAGCCCUCAGCCUGUCGAUGCUUUCUUGAUUCUAUAUGGAAGCAACAAAUUAAACUCCCUCCUUCUC